AAUACCUGAUUGCGGAGACAACGAAAUACUGAUAUACAUGUUCCCGAUAUAAAUAUGAUGAUUGCCAUAUAAGAGUCUAGUCACUUUAUUACUGUUUUGCGGAAACUGUAUACUCCUGUCCGCUAUGAGUUCUACGCUCGGUAGCGUUCCCCGGAUCACAUGCAUCGAGCACCCUGCUGCUGUCGUAAACACAGACAGUGCCAUUGAAACAGUCGGAGGAAAGCAGGCUAUUCGAAAAACCAUCAAUUCCAACGGCCAGACGCGUCUCGAACUACGGCUACGUCCAGCAGACGUGUUCCAGCAUCCGAUAUCCUCUCGCUCGGUGACCACGAGCCACUCUGUUGUCCUCAAAGUUCGAGUCAAACGAGCACAUCUGGAGGAGAAUGGACGGGACCUCCGUAAAACACUGGCGGCACAUCCAGAGGAGUACUCUGUUGCCCCUUCUGCCGUCAUCAACCAUUACGUCAGAUUUAGAGAGCUUGCUGACUUUCAGUACAACACGAUCAAUUCGCCCUUUGUGUCUCAAGUCCGAGAUACUCUAUACAAAGGCGACUACGAAGUACUGAAAACCCUCGACUUGAGCGAAGACUCCACCGCGACCUCAAACGACAGAGACUUACCACCGCCACCGCGAUUUUCAGCCAUCGUAACUCCGUUCAGCUACGAAUACCGCCAAAACCCCGCCGUCACAACAGUCACAGACGCCUCCGGCGAGACGAAACUCGUUAAUCGACAUGUGCCGCAGAGAAUUCUGGUGAAACGAAUGCGGUGGGCCGACAAGGAGUCCAUUCCUGGACCAGAGUACCCGGAAACACAUCUCCCGCCCCUGAAAGCGUUUACGCAUCCGCAAAUAGAGGAACUGCUAAACACACUGAAAGCCGCAUUUGAAGAACGGCCUAUCUGGACGCGUCGCGCACUUGAAGCAGAAAAGAUCACUGAAAGUUUAGCAAAUGUGUGGCUGCACUUUGGUAAGCACCUGAUUGCCUACGUCGCCUACACUUGGAAAACGGGACCCUGGCGGACGACAUAUACGAAAUACGGAAUCGAUCCCCGCACCGACCAGAAAUACGCAAAGUACCAGACAGAGUACUUUCGUAUAACAACCAAGGAUGAGGAAGAGAUGAUUUCAUACAAGAAGCAAGGCUGGAAGACUAGCACAGGAAGUCGAGAUGACGAUGACCAGAAAGAGGACAACGGAGAUGGAUCGAGCGCUGUGCCGAAACACGUGUUUGAUGGCGUUCAUUUGCCUUCAGGGCGAAGUUUCCAGCUUUGCGAUAUAUCUGAUCCGGUACUGUCAGAGCUGUUAGCUAAUAGUUCUAUGCGGGAGACGCCCACAGAACACGAUGGAUGGUAUAAGGCUACUACGAUGUCGAAGCUGCGCAGGCUGGUAAGGGUCAAGCUGAAGGCGUUGUAUGUUGGGCAGGUUGUUAAGCAAAUGGAGGUAGCUAAGAUUCUGGAGGAAGAAAGCCAGAGUGAAGACGAGGCAGCACCACGCGCUGGAAAAGAUACAGAGAUUGUGCAAGAGUCCGCAGAUAAAGAAAGACAGGUUCUGGAUGCGGUAUCAAAAGUAAGCGCUGGCGGAGGUGAUAAGCUGAAGGAACUCAUGGGGAUUCUUCAGCAGCAGGAGGACCAGGACCAGGACGAUGAGGGGGAGUAUGAAAUCUUUGAUGAUGAUGAGGACGAUGAGGAGGAGGAUGAUGACGAUGAAGAUCAAUGAUGUGUAUAAUAUAUUCGUGUGCGCCUUUACAAGGAGUGAAACAAACUAGCAGGUGUAUGAUCAAUUUAUAUAGAAGGAUAUGCAAUGCAAUACUUA